AUGUCCAGCAUAGCUCCUGUAACAUCUCAUCGCAGAUUAUUGUUACAGGGAUCUGUGUCAUUUGAAGACGUGGCUGUGGAUUUUACCCGACAGGAGUGGUACAGACUGGACCCUGCCCAGAGGACCAUGCACAAGGAUGUGAUGCUGGAGAACUACAGCAACCUGGCGUCUGUGGGCCUCUGCGUGGCCAAACCAGAGAUGAUCUUCAAGUUGGAGCGAGGGGAAGAACUGUGGAUAUUAGAGGAGGAAUCCUCAGGCCAUGGUUACCCAGGCUCUCUCUCACUGCUGUGUGCCAACAAUUCUGUUGGGGGUAAUGCCCUCAGUCAUGAUAAUGACCUUCAGCAUCAGAAGAUUCAAACUUUGGAUCAAACUGUUGAAUAUGGGAAAGCCUUCUACAAGAGAACAGGCUUUGUUGGACAUAAAAGAACACACACAGGAGAGAAAAACUUUGAAUGUCAUGAGUGUGGGAAAACUUACUGCAGGAAAUCAAAUCUUAUUGAACAUCUGAGAAUACACACAGGCGAGAGACCCUAUAAAUGUGGUGAAUGUGAAAAAACCUUUAGUGCAAGAUCAUACCUCAUUGCUCAUCAGAAAACUCACACAGGGGAGAAGCCCUUUGAAUGUAAUGAAUGUGGAAAAUCUUUUGGCAGGAAAUCACAACUCAUUCUACAUCGGAGAACACACACAGGAGAGAGACCCUAUGAAUGCACUGAGUGUGGGAAAACCUUUUCUGAGAAGGCAACCCUUAUGAUUCAUCAGAGAACUCACACAGGGGAGAAACCCUAUGAAUGUGGCGAAUGUGGGAAAACAUUUCGCGUUAAGAUAUCCCUUACUCAACACCAGAGAACUCACACAGGGGAGAAACCCUAUGAAUGUGGCGAAUGUGGGAAAACAUUUCGCGUUAAGAUAUCCCUUACUCAACACCAGAGAACUCACACAGGGGAGAAACCCUAUGAAUGUGGCGAAUGUGGGAAAACAUUUCGCGUUAAGAUAUCCCUUACUCAACACCAGAGAACUCACACAGGGGAGAAACCCUAUGAAUGUGGUGAUUGUGGGAAAAACUUUCGUGCAAAAAAAUCCCUAAACCAACAUCAAAGAAUUCACACAGGCGAGAAACCCUAUAAAUGUGGUGAAUGUGGGAAAUUCUUCAGAAUGAAGAUGACUCUCAAUAAUCACCAGAGAACUCAUACAGGUGAAAAACCCUAUCAGUGUAACGAAUGUGGGAAAUCUUUCAGGGUGCACUCAUCUCUUGGAAUACAUCAGCGAAUUCACACAGGAGAGAAACCUUAUGAAUGUAAUAAAUGCGGUAAUGCCUUCUAUGUCAAAGCACGCCUCAUUGAACAUCAGAGAAUGCAUUCAGGAGAGAAACCCUAUGAAUGUAGUGAAUGUGGAAAAAUCUUCAGUAUGAAGAAAUCCCUGUGUCAACAUCGGAGAACUCACGUAGGAGAGAAACUUGAUGAAUGAAAUGAAUGCAGAAAUGCCUUCUAUGUGCAAGUAUGCUUCAUUGACACAGGAGAGAGACCCUUUGAAUGUCAAGAAUGUGGGAAAGCCUUCUGUCAGAAAGCACACCUCAGAGAACAUCAGAGAACUCACUUAGGCCAGCCCUUGCCUUGUACUAUGGAGAAAGCUUCUCUAAGAAGAUUCCCCUCACCAUUUGACCAAGCCCUUUGGGCCAUCUGAUUACUGGUGCACACAGAGUGCACUUGUAACAAUUUGGCUCUUACGUUGGUGUGAAAAUUGUCCUGAUCGCCUUAGGGAGUGGCUCAUUGUUGUUUUCAUUUCAUUUGGAUUUCCCUAAUUAGUGGUGAGGUUGAACAUUGGCUUACCUGUUGACUGGCCAUAUGUUUUAUUUCGUCUGUGCAAUGACUGUUUAUAUCCUUUGCUCACUGUUUUCUAAUGGGCUGUUUAUCUUUUACUUCUUGGUUUAAAUGUUGUAUUUCUUGUUUUUUUUAAUAUAUGAAAGUAUAAAAAUCCUUUUUCAGUCAUGUGUGGUGCAAAUAUCUCCUCUCAGACUGUGACUGGUUCUUUAAUUUUUUUAACUCUUUUUUUCUGCCGAGGUUUUAUGUUUUCAUAUUAUUGGUUUCAAGGUGAUAAUAUUCUCCUAUACUUUCCUCUAAAGUGAAGGUUUCACUUUCAACAUUUAGAAUUUUAAUCUACCCUAAAUUUUUUUCUGUGUAAUAUGAAGUCUACAAUGUAUAAUGCUGUAUUUCUUUUAAAUACUUUACAUCAGUGGUAUCACACUAUUUUUAAACUUAUGCAACUUGCUUUUUUUCACGAAAUGUUACAUUUCCAAGAUCUAUCCAUGUUGAUAAAUAUAUUUAUUUCUCUCCAUUCCCCUAAUGAAAGACAUUUGUAUCUUUUUUGUGUUUAGUGUUUAAAUCUAGAAGUGGAAAUGAUGGGUCCGGGGUGUAGACAGUAUGCCAGUUAUUAAUCUAUUGUGCUUCAGCUCCAAACCUACCCUUCUAUACUGGGCUUUGUGAUGCUGGGGCCAUGACUCUACAGAACACAUUUCUGUCUUGCCAGCUGCUACUCCCUGUUGGGUCUUACCAGUAAGAGAUACUAAAUAUAAAUAUUGAGCCUGCGGAAGGAAGAAGGGACUUGCUCCUUUUUUCCUUCUGGUUGGCUCCCUGUUCAUCUGAGUGUCAGCCCAGCAUUGCUUCUUCACUUGGGUAGCAGCAGUUCCUCAUGAUAGCAGCAGUUUAAUCUAGUUUGCACUUUUCCAGCACUAACAGCUUUAGGGUACCCCACCCCCUCAGAGACCUAGCAGCAUCUGGCUGGUGCCACCUCCUUAGAGGUAUGAAUCCCAGUCACAUGAGACCCCACUUCCAACCUUCUAUUUUUAAUAAUUCCAACUUCUUCCCUUGUUACCCUAGGCCAGCUGCUUUCUGCAGUUGCUACCUCCAUGAUAAUUUUAAUGUUCUCUUUUAGUCUUUUAAGUUAUGUGGUUAACAACUUCAUCACUAGUUAAAAAUUCAUUAUAAGUUCUCUCUGUUAAAAUAAUCAGUAUGGUUUCUGUCUCCUAACUGGGUUCUGAUUGAUAUAGAAGUUUUUCAACUUGACUAAAUUUUAAAGUUAAAAAAAUUGCACUAAUUUACACUCUCAUGAGCAGUUUGAGAAAAAGUUUACAUUUUCCCACAUAUUCACCAGGACUUAUCUGUUUUUUUUUAAAUUGUUGCCGAUCUGAAAGGUGUAAAAUGGCUUAAGCCCUCCCAUCCAUGAAUAUGGUUUGU